CUCUUCCCCUCCCAACGUCAGCCUGCCCGCCCAGCCUUUAGCCUCCCUCCCACCGCCUCUUCUCCCUCUCUCUUCCAACUGCCCAGGAGCCAGCAGCUGCUCUCGGCCGGCCCUUCCCGACGGACAGACACAGCAGACACACGGACAGCCCCAAGCCCAACUGGCCAGCCCGCACCUGGCUGCUUCCCCCCAGGUUGGUGUACCAUGCAGCCCCUGUGGCUCCUGGCAGCCCUGCUGGCCCUGGGCCAGGCCCUGCCCUUUGAACAAAAGGGCUUCUGGGACUUCGCCCUGGACGACGGGCUGUUCAUGAAUGACGAGGAGGCUUCGGGCGUCGACAGCACUUCUGGCGCCCCAGACAUAGACUCCGUGACACCCACCUUCAGUGCCAUGUGUCCUUUUGGCUGCCACUGUCACCUGCGGGUUGUCCAGUGCUCGGACCUAGGACUGAAGAAUGUGCCCAAGGAAAUUUCCCCAGACACCACGCUGCUUGACCUGCAGAACAAUGACAUCUCUGAGCUCCGCAAAGAUGACUUCAAAGGCCUCCAACACCUCUAUGCCCUCGUCCUGGUGAACAACAAGAUCUCCAAGAUCCACGAGAAGGCCUUCAGCCCGCUGCGGAAACUGCAGAAGCUGUACAUCUCCAAGAACCACCUGGUAGAGAUUCCGCCCAACCUUCCCAGCUCCCUGGUGGAGCUGCGCAUCCACGAUAACCGGAUCCGAAAAGUGCCUAAGGGCGUGUUCAGCGGGCUCCGGAACAUGAACUGCAUUGAGAUGGGCGGGAACCCCCUGGAGAACAGCGGCUUUGAACCUGGAGCCUUCGAUGGCCUGAAGCUCAACUACCUGCGCAUCUCCGAGGCCAAGCUCACUGGUAUCCCCAAAGAUCUCCCCGAGACCCUGAAUGAGCUCCAUCUGGACCACAACAAAAUCCAGGCUAUCGAGCUGGAGGACCUGCUGCGCUACUCCAAGCUGUACAGGCUGGGCCUGGGCCACAACCAGAUCCGCAUGAUCGAGAAUGGCAGCCUGAGCUUCCUGCCCACCCUGCGGGAGCUGCACCUGGACAACAACAAGCUGUCCCGGGUGCCUGCAGGGCUCCCCGAUCUCAAGCUCCUCCAGGUGGUCUAUCUGCACUCCAACAACAUCACCAAAGUGGGUGUCAACGACUUCUGCCCCGUGGGCUUUGGUGUCAAGCGGGCCUACUACAACGGCAUCAGCCUGUUCAGCAACCCCGUGCCCUACUGGGAGGUGCAGCCUGCCACCUUCCGCUGCGUCACUGACCGCCUGGCCAUCCAGUUUGGCAACUACAAAAAGUAGAGGCAACGGCAGCCACCAUGGUGGCCUUGGUGGGGAUCUCUGGGGAAACAGAGCGCCCGCUGUCCUGGAGGCGGGCUCAGGGAAGAGGGAAGCCCCCCCCACCUACGGUCCCCUGCCCUGAGUGGCUGCCUUCCCUGGCUCCCAAGCAUGCAGGUGGAUACAGGGCCUGGCCCCCAUCACCUGCCCCCUCGGCUUCAGAGCUGCCCUGCCCCCCACCGUGGCCACCCAGAGGCACCCCUGAGAAGCUUUCUUCUUGUUCACUCUGAAACCCCAGUUCUAGGGACCGGCCCAUGGGUGUGUGGUGAAUGGUAUUGAUAGGGACAGAGACAGGAAGUCCCUGUGUUCUUCCUCCUCCUCCUCCCCCUCCUCCUCCUCCUCCUGCUCCUCCUCUUCCUCCCCCUCCUACUCCUCCUCCUCGUCCAUCUGUCCCAGCUUCCAGGCCCCCCAGCCUUCAGCUGCCGUGCCACCAAGUUGGGGGCUUCUCUGUUGUGACCACCUCACUCUGCUGGCCCAUCUCCCUGUCCCCUCCCCUUCAGUCUGUCAUGCUUCCUGACACAUUUCUCCCUUUGGGACUCUGUGACCUGCUCGCUCCUGGACUUGAUUUGUUUUCUCUCUCUGUCUCUGUCUCCCUGUCUCUUCUUUGUCUCUCUGUCUCUGUCUCUGUCUCUCUCUCACACACACGCACACACACAUGCACACACAUACACACACACACCCUGACCCUCGGCCCUGGGCUAGCUCUGCUGUCACAGGCCCCUGCUCAGAUAAGUGGGGGCCAGGUGCACCUCAGCCUUGCUCUGCCCCCAGGGAGAUGGGAAGGUAAAGGCCAGACCCAUGCAGUCUGCCCAGAGAGGCAGCUACGUGCCACCAUGGAAAAGUGAUCCCUCUGUCCCCUAGGAGGAUCGGCAUGCCACCAGAGUCCCCCCUUGAUGGCUAGUCCGCCCCCUCGCCUUCUGGUCCCUGCUGUGGCAGGGGUGUCAGUCACACCCAGCUCAAGGAGGGCUGCUUCUGAGGUCGGUUGUCCUUCAAUUAAAGAAACACUGUGCAAUAUG